CAACUGUUCGUUUUCGACAUUCAAUAACGAACAAUAUUGUUAUGCACGUUACUACAAUAACAUUUUACAAUGUGAUUAAUCCACAGCCGAAUAACGAAGAGAAAUGUACAAGUUAAACAUUUUAAUAUCUUUUUACUGUUUUGCAAGUGUUGCCGUUUUUGCUGACACAUCAGUAGUAGAUUAUUCCUCCUGCAUAAUUCAUGAACCUGUUUUUAAAUUUUUUAAAUACAAUUUUACAAGCCUUUCGGAUCCAACAAAAGAUAUUAUUUUACAUCAUGAUUAUCCAAAUGAAACUUUAAGAAUACAUUUAUGCACUCCAUUAAAGAAAAAAUGCAAUGGGAAGGAUGGAUAUGGAAUUUGUUUGAUACGAAACAAGCAAGAAAUAGGAAUAGGAAAGUUUCCUCCAAAAGUAGAACAAGAAAAUGGAAAACUACUGUUUGUAUUUACAGGAGAUGAUUGUACAUCAGAAGCUAAAUAUAUUACAAAUAUUUUUAUGAAAUGUGAUUACAAAGCUGGACAUAAUUCGCUUCCUGUAUUAUUUCCUUACACAAUAAAUCAAUGUAAUAUAUCCAUGGUGUGGAGUAAUGCUCUGGCUUGUGGUCCACCAACUGCACGAAAUUGUACAGUAACAGAUAAUGGUUUACAUUAUGAUUUAUCUCCAUUAACGAAGUAUUCAGAAAAUUAUGUUAUUCGUACGGGUCUGUCAAGAAAUUCAACAAAAAUAAUAUUAAAUGUUUGUCACUCUGUGAUAUUUGAAUACAAUGCCUUAUGUCAAAUGCAAUCAGGAGCCUGCUUACAGAAAAAAUCUGGAGACUCAAAACUCCAAUAUGUAAAUUUGGGUGAUGUAGCAGAACCACCAGUUUUGAAAGAUGGAAAAUUAAAACUUGAAUAUCAGAAUGGGGAUAUGUGUAAAGUGAGAAACGUUACAGUGCCACAUAUUAGAACUACAAUUUCUUUUAUAUGCGAUUUUGAAGCUAUGGACACACUCCCAGAAUAUGUUAGAGGAAGCGAAGAAUGCCAUUAUCAAAUAAUAUGGAAAACAGUAGCAGCUUGCAGCGUAGAAUCUUUGCGUAAUCAUAGCGCAGCAACUGCUGGCAGAUGUACAGUGACCAAUCCUCUUACAAAUUUUACGUAUAAUUUACAAUCCUUGAUGAAGGAAGAUUUCAAUACCACAGCACAAAAUGGCAUACAAUAUAAGUUUGGAGUAUGUAAAUCACCAGCUGAUACGACAUGUGCAUCAAAAACAGGAGUAUGUUCUACCAACAAUAGUAUGUCUAUGGGAAAAUUUAACACAAAUUUAAUGUGGCAAGAAGGUGGACCAUAUUUAAAUUAUACAGAUGGAGAUCUUUGUAAAAAUGGACAACACCACUAUACAGUUAUUGCGUUUGUGUGUGGAGCAGAAGGAGCUCCCACUGAACCAUUUGUAAUGGAGCAAAAUCCCUGUCAGUUGAUUAUACAUUGGAGCAUGGACUUAGUUUGUGAAAAAAGGAUAAAGUGUGCCACAAUGGACGAUGAAAUAAGCUUAAGUUCCCUGAUUAAAUCUAAUAGUAACCAUAUUGUGAAAGUCAACGAAACAGAAUUUCAUAUAAAUAUAUGCAGACCACUGGUGUCUGUGCGAAGUUUAACGUGUGCGCACGGCAGCGCAAUCUGCAAAGCUACUUUAAAUUCAAAAAAUGAAUAUGUAAAUGAAGUUAGUUUAGGGUUUCCAAAAGAAAGUCCUAUAUUGGAUACUAAUCGUAAUACAGUGUUACGCUAUGUAGAUGGAUCACCCUGUCCUGAAGAUCCUACUAAAUUAAUUUCUUCAAAUAUUACAUUUCCGUGUAAUUAUAAUGAUAAGGGAUCUCCAGAAUUUAAAGAAUACAAAGAUUGUACUUACAUUUUCGAAUGGAAAACUAGUAUAACAUGCGGAGCUGUAAUGGGAGACUGGACUUCCCCUUGCAUUGUUAAAGAUCAAUUACUUUCACACGAAUGUGAUCUAUCCUUGUUGCAUAAAAAUCAACAAAUAUACCAUGUGAAAAACAAACAAGGGAAAUACUACAGUUUAAGUAUAUGUGGAGGUGGAAAAUUCUGUAAUGGUUCGGCUGUGUGCCAAGGCAGCAAUGGUUAUGGAUCAUUGGCCAAUGUUAUCUUUGAGUAUGGCAGAAAUGUUAUAAAACUUAAAUAUUCCAAUGGUGAUAAAUGUGUAAAUAAUUCUUAUACAUCUGAAGUGAGAUUUAUAUGCAACGAGUCCAUGGGGAUUGGUGAACCAAACGUGUUAUGGGAAUCACAAUGCAGCGUGGAAUUCGAGUGGCAAACGAAUAUUACUUGCACUUGUAAAUCGAGCACCGAAAGGCCUACUGCUCCACCAGAUACGCACCAAGGCGUUCAAGAGUUCUCUACUAGUCAUACUGGUACGGUGGCAGGCAUCAUACUAAGCGUUAUCGCCCUGGUUGCAGCACUGCUUUAUUUCCGAGAUCCGGAUAAGAGAGUGUGUCUGCGGUCCUGUUUACACCCAUUUUCUUCGAGACGAAGCAGUGGACGCGUUCAGUACUGCAGGGUCAACACUACAGAGGAAGCUCGACUUUUGCUCGACGUGGAUCCCACCCAGUGUCAAACGGAUAGUGACGAUGAUCUUUUGAAUGCGUAGUCACAUCUAAUUGUUGUCUUUUUACAUUCUACUUUACCUAUAAGUUUCGAAUUACGUAAAAAGAAACCUCGAUCGAACAAAAAGUAGGUAUUUCCAUGUAAAAAGCCUGUCUCUUUAAUACCAUCGUUUAAAUCGAUUCACAAUUAAUUCAA